GCUGGACGCAACCUAUGCCCAUCCAUACAAGCGCUAGUGUUUCGGUUCUCGUGUAUUUCGAUAUUAUGCGCCUUUUCCGUGGCGAUGUGAAUCUUUUGAGGAUUCUUUGUUUAGUCGGUAGCAAUGAAACCUUCUAUUAGGGUAGUAGGCUACUGGCGAACAUUUGUAUCUUAGGCUAAGGUCACCGUAUACAUCGCUGAUACACCCACCGUGGGAUUCGGCCACUUAUCAUUUUCCGUAGACGUUCCGAACUAAGCACCUCCGCUGGCUGUAUGAAUAAUGUACUGAAGUUAGUCCUGUUAUGCCUUAAAAAUGAUUUUUACUCUUUUUGAGGGGGCCUCUGGCACAGCCCCGGUGCAACGCAAGCGCGCCCAAUGGCCUCUGGAACGGAGUUUGAGACAGCGGACCUAGACUCCGUCAUCAAUGUCAUUGGACUCACACCAAGUGAUCCCCUUGACACAUUUGUCGAGAUCUGGUAUCAGGUGUUCCUGUGGGCGCUGUUUUCGUCUCUCUUUGUUCACUUCGUGGCUGCAGUGGUGGCCUUCAGCAUGCUGAGGAAGCAACAGAUAGGCCGCUUCAGCCCACUGCUCAUCUUGCUCAUGGGCCUGGUAGCACCGUUGACAGGAGGUGCCCUAACGAGUGCAGUGAUAGCUGGUGUGUACCGGGCAGCUCGGUUUCACAUGAUGCCCUUCUACGCACUGGUGUGGGGCUGUGGGCAGACAGUGUUUGCGGUUGUCAUGUCCUACACCCGAGUCCUGGCCACCCUCUGACCUUGCUGCUGGAUGACUUGCCAGAGAUGCCAGGCCAGGAUGCCAGUGUUGUGCACCUCAGAGGAGGAGACUGCUGCAGCUCCCUAUGCUGCCACAUCUAUGGCUCAGCUAUGCAGCCCCUCAUUUCACCUGACCAAAGCCUUCAGCUGCUUUCUUUGUUAUUUGUUCACAUGUGCUCCUGCAAUUUGUGUUGUUCAAACGAAGGGCUGUGUCACUGUUUGUCAUUUCCAACUGACACAGCUCUCUGGCUCUUGAUCGGUGGUGUGGUCAUUCGCAGUCACCUUGGCGUGGUGUUUUUUUUUAUUGCUGAUGUGAUUUUUGUUUCUUUCUUAUGCUUUUCGUAAGGGGAAGCUCAGUCAGAUUCUGUUUAGUACACCAGCCACAGUCAUAAAGCAGAGAAAUGAUUUGCAUAGUGCCUACGAGAAAGGAGUCAUUCAUGCGGUUGCCACGCAGUUCUUUAAGCUAUGCUUUCUGUGUGGUUCAGAACACCCCUGCCAGGCAUUGCAGUGUCUCAAAAAGAAAAUGAUUGCCGUCAGCUGUGGUCUGCCGGCACAAUCAUGUGGAUAGUACACUGGUGGGAGCAUCACCCCACAAUUCAUUCCCUGCACAAGAGAGUGGAAUUAUUAGUCAGUUUUUGUGAAUGUUUGGUGAAAACAGUAUUACUUCGUGUGGUCAGGUUUGUGCCAAUGUGGCACAGGGCUGCUGCAAGUUGGAACAGAGAGUUCCUGGAACUUGUCAUGUUGGUGGCCGUAGCUACACUCAGAGUGCACCGUUUGGUGUACAUGCAGAGUUCACCUGGGGCUGCUGUGGAGCAUUAGCUGUCAUGGCUCCACAGUCAUGGCUCUGCUGUCAUGAGCAUGGAGAAACGGCCAUUAUGUGAUGUAUUGCUGCUCAUUUGCCCUUUAUUCCUGUUUUUCACCAUCACGUUAAAUUUGCUUUUGAACAUUAGCUCUUUCUACCAUAUUUUCAUUUGUCAUUGAUGAAAAAUACUGAUAGCACUUCUGUCUGCAUGAUCUCCAUUACUUGUAGCAUCUUUUUAUGAACUAUUUUGUGAUGAAAUUUUAACUGCGCCAAGAGGGCUCAAAGUCUUUGUAUUGAAAACAGUGGUCUGGUGUAGGUGCGUAAGAACAAAAGUAUGCUUAUUUUUGUUUUCUAAUAUGCUUGUUAUGAUGUAAAAAUGUUUUUUUUCUGUUGGUGGUUCUGGUUUUGUGAACCCUUCUCUUGCUUUUUUUUUGCUUUUUCUUUUUCUUUUUUAGGACGAGGAGGACAUGGCUUUUGUGGUUAUGUCAGUUGCUGUAGAAAUUUGGUGUCUAUAGUUUUUCAAACAUGUCCCCUUUCACACUGCUUAAACUGCAUGUGUGUUUUUACGGAAACAUACAUGCAGGCAUAUACAUGCAGUCACACACAUGCAGGCUUCUAGGCAUAUACAGCAGUGAUGGAAGUGGCAGUGCAAGCAAAAUGCUCUUCUCUCUCAUAUUCUCAUAUUUGAAAUAAGGUUAUUUGUAGGUAAAUAAGUACAAAUUUAAAUGCAACAGCACUCAGCUGUGUAUAGCACAUUAGCUCCCUGCUUUUUGUAAUGUGUGUGCUAUGCUAGUUCGAUGCUAUAAAUGUGCAUUUAGGAAAAAACACGUUUUGGUAAUGUAAAAAGGGGACUUGCACCAAAACAAUGUGUGUAAAUAUUGGACAUUAAUAGUAUUACGAUAAUUAUUAAUAAAGCAGUUGCCAAAAGCCAUGUCCUCUUUAUGCUAUGUGUCUCUUUUUACAUGUUUAAAUGAAACAAAACAUAAAUUUCACCAUGCACUUCAUACUACCAUAAUCUAAUUUCAGUGCACCACUGGCAUUUGCACCAAAAGUUUGUCAAACAAGCAGUUUUUACAAUAUAUUCUGUCAUAUAGAACAUCUUUUGUUACCCUGAAUUAUGUGGGCAUGAAAAGGCAUGUGUGCUAACAUGGUACAAUCUGCCAAAAAUGAAAUGCAAUGAAAACUGUGGAUGACUCACAUUGUCUACUUGACUUUUAUACUGUUAGCAGAGGGAGUGAUACAGUUCAAUAUGCAACAUAAGCUGCUGUGGUGUGGCCACAGAAAGAGACUUAAAGGAAGAUGCACCUCAGAUUUAUUUUCUUUAAAAAUGAAGCUAACUUGAUGGUGUAUGUGCACGGUAUAAAGAUUAUUCUAUUAUUGAGUAUUUUGGUUUCUAAAUGUCUUGUGCAUUAUUUUUCUGUGCACCCUGUAAGUAGGAAAGGGUUUUCCCUGUAUACACUGGAACAGCAGGUUUUCAUGUGUUAGCCUGUCAUAUGUAGCACCUGAGCAAUGGUGAAAAGUGGAGAAUGAGGUCGUGUUGACUCAACCUGAGUAAGUGUUCAGUUGUUGUUACACCAGGAAAACUCGCUAUCUGGGCGUAACUUGUAGUUGUGAGGUGCUUCAGUGGAGCGUGAAUGGCGGAAUGAAGUCUAUAGCAGCCACGCCUUGAUUAUAGUAAUUUUUCACAAUUUUUCUAUUAGAGCCCUUGAAUGUAUCACAAUGUAUUACACGUGAAAAUAGAAUGUUGAAGCAGAAUUUUGUACUGAAAAUCUUUAAAAAAAUACAGUUUUUAAAGUGUGAAAUUAAUUUUUUGGCAUGCAUCUCCCCUUAACUCUCACAUAACUUCACCAUUUCUCAUGACAUCAUAUAUUCUGUGAGUUACUGUCCACUGGAGUGAUUGCAUUUUAUUUUUGGGCCGACUAGCUGACAUCGACGUCUUGCAGUGCAAGUGAUUGUAUACAAACAGCUGUGAUGGGUUACAUUUUCCAUUGAAACUUGCUUUCAGAGUCCUAUGCCUUUUUUGCUUACUGUAAUUAUUAAGGCAGUCGGUCAUAUCACAUUUAAAAAUAUUUACAAGCUUCUACUGGGCUGCUAUGCCUUUUAAUUCCCUACUCUGGGAAAGUCUGAUACAUAAUUUGCAGCUUGUUCAUAUUUAAUCUGUGCUUGUGCAGCUUUCUUUAUUGGCAGCAACCGAAAUCCAUAUGGUGUGCUCAUUCUAUUGUUGUCUUGCACGUGGCUUGCGUAGUAACUUAAUGGUCUACGGGUAAAGUUCGAAAAGAAGCCCAAAGGUGAAAGGAAAAAUAAGUAUAUAAUGUUGGUGCAUUUUUGCAGUAGGCUAUUCUAUUUUAUUUCUAGGCCUGUCUUGGUUCUUUUUGUCUUUAUUCAUUUUAUAGUAGCUGUGCAAGAUGUGAAGAUGCAAAGUUGUGUUUUGUUUGUACGCACCAUUUGUUCUCUCUUGAGAACAUUGUCGCCAGAGACAAAAUGUAGCUUUUAUGAAAGGCGUUUUUCAGGUGCCAAUUAUUUAAUACUCAAAAAAGUUGCAUUGCAUUGAGGCAACAAGAGUUAGCACCAACUGCCAUCUUUCAAAUUGCUGCUUGUCUGUCGUUCACCAAGUGUCUGCCUUCCAAGUGAGAAGGCCCAGCACCCAUUGCAAUAAGCAUUUAUGCUUCUGUGUUUUUCUUUCCUUCAUGCUGAACCUACGUUAGGCUGUGCUAAAUUAUGUGGCUGUGGUACCAAGUUCCUUUUGUCAGUAGCGAAACGGCUGUUGGUGACUCAUGGCGACAUGUGCCUGUGUAGAAAGGAGCAGCACAGUCUUGAUGUAGCACAAGACCCUGCAAGCAGUGGAUUUUAAAGGAGGAGAGGUCACAAGGUUACUUGUAUUAAAGUGUACAGUGUGUGUCUGUCUCAGUAUGAGACCAAUGUGUAAAUAGUGUACAUAAUCUUCAUAGGCAGAGCCAUUCUACCAGGCCAAACAGGAACACCUAAUUUGGUCAAGAUGCUGUAUGGAGUGUGUCUGUUGUGAAUAGUGUAAAUAUCUGUUAUAAAGGUCAGUGGUGCCACAAGAAGUGAUUUGUGACAUUACAGUGGAUGUACAAGAAAGUGGUACAUGCAAUGGCGUCGUGCUUUAUUUUGUCGAAUAAAAGAACACAAGAAGAGAAGAAAAA